CUUUCUCCCCGGAACGCAGUUCUUCCAGGUCAAAGUGUCGAGAAGCGGCGUUUUUCAUACGUAGCGAACCGAAAUAUUGAAUAUUAUAACUGUUUCUGAGCCCUUUUUCUUCAUAUUUCCUCCACGCCAUGCCGUACGCCAACCAGCCCACGGUGAAGAUCACCGAGCUGACGGACGAAAACGUCAAGUUCGUCAUCGAAAACACCGACCUGGCGGUCGCGAACUCGAUCCGGCGUGUUUUCAUGUCCGAGGUCGCCACGAUAGCGAUCGACUGGGUUCAGAUCGACGCCAAUUCCUCCGUCCUUCACGACGAGUUCAUCGCCCACCGAGUCGGUCUGAUCCCGCUGACCAGCGAUGACAUCGUGGACAAGAUGCAGUACUCAAGGGACUGCACCUGCGACGACUUCUGCCCCGAGUGCUCGGUGGAGCUGACGCUGGACGCCCGCUGCUCCGAGGACCAGACGCGGCACGUCACGUCCCGCGACCUGCUGUCCAACAACCCCCGCGUCAUACCGGUGACCUCCAGGAGCCGCGACAACGACCCCAACGACUACGUGGAGCAGGACGACAUCCUCCUGGUGAAGCUGCGGAAGGGGCAGGAGCUGCGCCUCCGGGCGUACGCCAAGAAGGGCUUCGGCAAGGAGCACGCCAAGUGGAACCCCACGGCCGGGGUCGCCUUCGAGUACGACCCGGACAACGCGCUGCGCCACACCGUGUACCCGCGGCCCGAGGAGUGGCCCAAGAGCGAGUACUCGGAGAUCGAGGAGGACGAGGUGCAGGCGCCCUACGACCCCAACGGCAAGCCGGAGAGGUUCUACUACAACGUGGAGUCGUGCGGCUCGCUGAGGCCUGAAACCAUCGUCAUGUCGGCGCUGGCCGUGCUGAAGAAGAAGCUGAGCGACCUGCAGACGCAGCUUAGCCACGAGAUCCAGAGCGACGUGCUAACCAUCAACUAGCGGGGGGAUCCGAGCCCGCGACCACCCGGCGCGGGGGGUUUCGGGGGGGUUUCGGGGGUUAGAUACCGGGCUGUACCGGUGCUGAGGGUGCUGGGUUUCACGACUGAUGUACUGGGGACGAUCUGAUGCCGUUCUGGUGCCGAGCCUGCGCCGGGCGGUCGCUCUUGCGCCGGCGGGUUACGCGGUCGUGACCCGAUUCCAGCCCGUCGCUCUUUAGCGGCCGGCGGUUUAUUUGGGCCCCGCCGCUCCUGAACCGGGGGGGCGAUGUGGUCCUGGCCUAAUUCCAACCCGUCGCUUAAACCAACAGCUUAGACGGUACAGACUCGGUUCCGAACCCGUCGCUCCUAAAGCCGUAGCAUCGCAGGUUC